AUGGCAGCCAUUCGCAUUGCUCCCACCCGGGCAACCAGAGCUCUGAACCUCCUCCGCACAAUCCAGUACACCCAUCCGCCUUCAUGUCCAUGCCACAGCAAUCCCGCCCACCACCAUCACCAUCCCUCUUCGCUCCCCUCCACUGUCAAGGCUGCUACCCGACGUCUAGCAACGCCGAUAGACCACUCGCAGCAGAAGGAGUAUGCCUUCGAGAUGGCCGCCAGCAGUAUACGGUUCGGUCCGGGGUGCACGAAGGAAGUGGGCAUGGACUUCAAGAACAUGGGCUCGAAGCGGGUUAUGGUUGUCACGGACAAGACGGUCAGGAAGCUGAACGCCAUGAAGCAGGUGGUCGAGGGACUGGAGAAGGAGGGCGUGCAAUACCAGAUAUACGACGGCGUACGCGUCGAGCCCAAGGACAGCAGCAUCAAAGAAGCCAUCGACUUCGCGAAGCCCUACCAACCCGACGCAUUCCUCGCCGUAGGCGGCGGUUCCGUCAUCGACACCGCCAAGCUUAUGAACCUGUACACCUCCUUCCCCGACGCCGAAUUCCUCGACUUCGUCAACGCCCCCUUGGGCGCUGGGAAGCCUAUCCCGGGUAAGCUCUUCCCCCUCGUCGCGGUCCCCACGACCGCAGGCACCGGCUCCGAGACCACAGGUACCGCGAUCUUCGACCUGGUCUCCAAGCGCGCGAAGACCGGCAUCGCGCACCGCAACCUGAAGCCCACACUGGGGAUCUGCGACCCGCUGAACACGCGCACCAUGCCCUCAGCCGUACACGCCUCCUCCGGCCUCGACGUCCUGUGCCACAGCCUGGAGUCCUGGACCGCAAUCCCGUACUACGAGCGCGUUCCCCGUCCCACGAACCCGAUCAACCGCCCCGCGUACCAAGGCGCGAACCCCAUCUCCGACAUCUUCAGCCUGCAGGCCCUGCGCAGCACAGUCAAGUACUUGCCGCGCGCGGUGCGGGAUCCGGACGACACAGAGGCGCAGAGCCAGAUGCUGCUCGCUGCCACUCUGGCCGGCGUCGGCUUCGGCAACGCGGGCGUGCAUCUGUGCCAUGGCAUGAGCUACCCGAUCAGCGGCCAGAAUCCGGGAUACAAGCACCCUGGCUACGAAGUCGAGGCUCCGAUCAUACCGCACGGCGUCAGCGUGGCCGUGACCGCCCCCGCGGUGUUCAAGUUCACAGGAGCGAGCAACCCGGAGCGGCACUUGGCGGCCGCGGAGUGCUUUGGCGUCGACAUCAGCGGGGUUAAGAAGGAGAGCGCCGGCGAGGUGCUGAGUGAGGCGCUCGCCGAGUUUUUGGUGAAGCUAGGGGAUCAGCCCAGGGGCUUGAAGGAGCUGGGCUUCAAAAAGGAACAUGUGGAAGGCUUGGUGGAGGGGACGCUGCCGCAGGCUAGGGUGCUGAUGUUGGCGCCGAAUUUGGAUAUUCAGAAUGUGGAGGCGGAGAGGGAACAGUUGACGGGGUUGUUCGAGGAGGCGAUGGAGUACUGA